AAGGACAUACUCUCGCGAGAUCGUCAGGCUGUCCUCUUCGAAUCGGAAUCUGCUUCCAAGAUGUCUCUCGUGAUUCCCGAGAAGUUCCAGCACAUCCUGCGUGUUCUCAACACGAACAUCGACGGGAGGAGGAAGAUCGCCUUCGCCAUCACCGCCAUCAAGGGUGUCGGCAGACGAUAUGCCCACGUUGUGCUGAGGAAGGCCGAUAUCGACCUCAACAAGAGGGCCGGGGAGCUGACCGAUGAUGAGGUGGAGAGAGUGGUGACCAUUAUGCAGAACCCACGCCAGUACAAAAUCCCCGAUUGGUUCCUGAACAGACAGAAGGACGUUAAGGAUGGCAAAUACAGCCAGGUUCUUGCCAACGGUCUGGACAACAAGCUGAGAGAGGAUCUGGAGCGUCUGAAGAAGAUCCGCGCUCACCGCGGGCUCAGGCACUUCUGGGGUCUGCGUGUGCGUGGCCAGCACACCAAGACCACCGGUCGCCGUGGUCGCACCGUCGGUGUGUCCAAGAAGAAGUAGACGCUGCCGCCCCCCACCCCGCCCUGCAACCCAUGUGUCAAUAAACUCCACGUUUUACCAAC